AUGAAUUGUGUUUAAAUAAACAACAACUAAGAAUGGAAGGAGCACGUCAUGAGCUGUUAAAAACCAGUUGUUGUUAGUUUUUUUGCUGAAUGGUGUGCCCCAUGUCAUAAGUUGAAUCCUCAACUCAUUCAAGAAGCUUAGAAGAAUUGUGAAAAAUGGUAGCUAGCCCUAGUUAAUGUUGACAAUGAAGAACUUUACGAUGUUGUGCAACAAAUAGCGAAGGCCUAAAUUCCAUCUGUUCAUCUUCUUAAUAGAGGAACUUCUAUUGAUUCUAUGACUGGAUAUAGCGAAAGAAAAACCAAAUCCUUUAUAAAUAGGGUUUGCAGUUGA